GAGGAUAGGCCCUCGAGCGGAGUCUGCCUGCGCGCGCAAAAUAGAUCGCUGAAGCACACAUCACUUGCACAAACAUUCGUGUCAGCUGCAGACGCGCGCUCCACCUGUUCACCUUAAUAUUUCCUGCUCAAUUAUAAACCCAGAGGCUCUUACCCCUCCUUUAAAAUACGACGCUGGUCCUGAUAAUUCUGAGCUGGGCCUUGAAACCAUUUAUUAAAGAGCCUUUGUUAACCGACUUGGAGGAAAUCCAGAUAGCCAAGUUUUUUAAAUCUUCCUGCAGAUUUGGAUGCGCGCGAAUUAAAUGCUGAAUUCAUAAUCACUAGCGAGUUUUUUGUAUGCGUUGGUGCUGUGUUAUUCUGUGUCUGAGUCUUGCGUAAAAUGUGUUGUUGCCGUUGUGGGCAAUUUCCGUGACCUGAGCGCUGUUUCAUCCGCCAUUAGUCAGAAACCCCAACAUCCUCAUUGAGGAAACUGUUUACAUUGGCUGAGGGUUUCUCAGGCGUUGGGGGAAGUGUAGCACUCUGGCUACAGAGACUGGAUCUCGGCAGAGGGGCGGUCGUGCGGCACAGAGACGCCUGCCAAGUGCAGCUCUGCUCGCCUCUUCUCUCAGGAAAAAGAGAAGCAAGUGCCAGCCGGGGAGCCUCUGGCGUUGUCGUGAUGUCUUCAGCAGCUGUUGUCGAAGCCGCCGACGAUAGUUCGGCUCCUGCUGGAGCGGCUUCACCUUCCGCAGUCCACACUUUGACUUUAGGCCGUGUGCAGCCCGCCUCCUUACCUGCUGUCGUGCGCUCUAGUGACACCUUGCGCGACGAGGUUGGCAAGAAUCCAAUCAAGGAUGACCAAGAUCUUCGAUUAACACCAGGUUUUCUUAUCAAAGAUUCCAAGGCUCUUCAGCUAACCAAUCUCAGCGGUCAUGCUGAUCCGGCACUCAAAGAUUGCGUGUUAAAACAACGGGGCGAAUUUCCGAGUGGGACUCAAUCUCGACAGGGGCCUCAGCAAGGGGAUCAAACUUCCGGUCACUUGUCCCCUGAAGCGUCUCACUGUAAGGUAGCGAGGAGGAGUGUGAGUGAGCAAUCAGUUCACCAGUCCUUGAAGAACUCAGCUACUGGAUGCAACAAUUUGAAGUUCAGCCAGAACGUACAAAACCCAGUCAAUUCUUGUUCGUAUGCCAACACUUACGGAGCCCAGUGCUCCACCCCAGCAAACGUUUCUAGUCAUUGCGUCAACUCAUUGCCAACACAGCAGACUCUCACACCUCAACUUCAACACGGCCACGGCAUAUCGUCUCCAUUUCAGCGACAGCAGCUACUACAACCUCGACAAAACAACGUAGAUUGUCAUCAGUUAUUUAACUCGAGCAAUAACUCCGCAAACUACGGCUUGAUUGACCAGCAGCAAGCGUAUCACCAUCAAAUACAAGACCUUCAUCACCAACAGAGCGUAGCACAAGUAGGCCAUUACAACGAAUUUUUUGCGGCACCACCAGAACAAAUCUACCACGGCUUCAACGGCAGCUAUCACGACCAUCAAUAUCAGCAGCUCAACCAGCACUACCAGCAGCACGUGGGUCCGCGUUACAACCCGCAACCGCACCAGCAGAACCAGACCCUCAGAUGUUCAUCUCCUUGCAUGAGAACAGGUUUCUACAACAGCGGCAAAUCAAGUAGCGUUUCUUCUUCCACUUCGCCAUCUUCUGAGACCGGCCAACACUCUCCUCUAACUCCCCCGACUCUCCUGCACGUCGAGAAUCAAAGCCAUCUUGCUAAAUCCAUCGAACCACCAAACGUCCUAUCACACUUCCAGCCUGGACUCAGCGCUACCCAGAUCUCCCACUUAGGCAGCUUGAAGCCUUUGAAUUCAAUUACUGCAUUCAACAGUGGGUUUCGUGGCACGCCUGACAGACUUACGCCCAUUUCUCCUCACUCUGGGGACCACAGCCCCAGCACCGAUAAGAAUAUCGCCUUGAAACAGAGGGGGAAAGAGAAAACUUCUGUUACCCUCGCCGGUCCCUCGAGCGUGACGGAGGUGUCCGCGCCCCGAGGCGACGGCAUGCAACAAAUUGGAGGCUCUGCUUGCAUGGGUGAAGUUAAUGGCAGCGGCCCGGGCGUCCCGAACCAGGGGACACAAACGCUGGGCCUCAUGGGCCCGUCCUUCGGGGGUGACGACGAGGAGCUUCCGUCCUGUGCAUAUGCGCACAAUCGCCUGCACGGCCUGCCCUUCCUCGUGCACCCUGGCGGCGGAGAGGACGACGUAGGGGACGAGUUCUACCCGUCGGGCUCACCUUACCGCGUGCAGCGCCAGGCAGCCAACGUGAGGGAGAGGAAGCGCAUGUUGAGCAGUAUCAAUUCUGCCUUCGAUGAACUGCGAACGCACGUGCCCACGUUCCCGUACGAGAAGCGGCUCAGCAAGAUCGACACGUUGAGGUUGGCCAUCGCCUACAUCGCGUUGCUACGUGAACUGCUAACAUCAGACCUGGACCCUGUAGCCCACAUCGAGAAAGGUCUGCGGGGAGAGCUGCCUCCCGAGCAGUGUCAUCUCUGGAACACCAGCGAUCUGACGGCCCGGCUGUCCUGGAUCAACUGGGAGAACUUGGGGGUGACGCCGAGCCGACGCUCCCUUUUCUCCACCCUGUCCCUCGCCAACGACUCCCUCACCACCAUGCCCCACUGAGGGCAGUGUGCUACCAUGCCCUACUGAGGGCAGUGUGCUACCAUGCCCCACUGA